UGGUCGACCACGCCUCCGUAACAACAGCUCAAAAGGUACAUCACCACCGGACAUCAAGUGACACUUCUGAGGAAGGCGGGAAGAUACGCGUGAAACUGUUUAACAAGACUCUGCCCGAAGCUUCUCACCACCAUGGCUGUGUCCGGUAAAACCACCCCACUCAUCAACCUGAGCUACGAAGAGGGCAGUAAGGGCACCGCUUCCAACCCUAUCAAAUACAACAACCAGGACUUCACGGAUCUGAAGCGUUACCACAUGGAAAAGGGGUGGCUGUUUGUCGACCGCUCCUUCCCACCAAACAGCUGCUCUCUGGGAGAUCUACCUUACCUUGACAACUAUGAGGAGGACAAUGUGGAGUGGCUUCGUCCAGCUGAAAUAAUGAAAAGACAGGACAAAAGUGGUGAGCCCACUUUCUGUAUGGACGGGACCAUUGAAUGCGGUCAAGGAUGCAUAGGUAAUAGCUGGUUCCUGGCUGCGCUCUCCUCUCUGACCUUUAGUAGAGACCUGAUGGUGCAAGUUGUGCCUAUGAACCAGUCCUUUGUGGAAUAUGCAGGGAUCUUUCACUUCAGGUUCUGGAGGUUUGGCAAGUGGGUGGAUGUCGUCAUCGAUGACUUCCUGCCAACGAUGAAGGACGAGAUGCUCUCUGUGUUCAGCAAAGGAGGAACGGAUUUCUGGAUUCCUCUGCUGGAAAAAGCAUAUGCCAAGGUGUGUGGUUCAUAUGCUGAUAUGAACAUUGGGAUACCGGCAGACGCCUGCAAGGACUUCACCGGAGGAGUGAGCAUGAGUUAUUCACUCAGAGGGCGCCAAUCUGAAGGCCGUGAAGAGCAGCUUUGGCUCUCACUGACCAGAGCCACCGGAUGCUUGUCCAUGAUUUGCUGUGGGACUCCUCCUAAAUUGGGUGAUCUGAGAAACACUGUAAGCCACAAUGGACUGGUGGCUACACAUUCUUACGCUGUCACAGCUGUCACUGAGGUCGAGCAUCUUGACUCCAAAGUGAGACUGGUUCGACUCUUUAACCCCUGGGGCGGAGAUGAGUGGAACGGAAAGUGGAGCGACACGUCAGACAUGUGGAACAGUGUGAGUGCCGACGAUCAACAAAAGCGCUUCAAACGCCGUGAUGGAGAAUUCUGGAUGGAGAUGGGGGACUUCUGUGACAAUUUCGCCAUGUUGUGGAUGUCUUGCGAGAACCCCAACUUCACCGAUGGUGAUGUCGACUACCAGUGGAUAUGUACGAUGCAUGAAGGCAGCUGGGUGUCAGGGAAGUCUGCAGGCGGCGAAAUGUCUGAUGUGCUGUUUGAGACAAAUCCUCAGUAUCGCAUCCAGGUGACGACCAACGACAAGACGAAGCCGGGAGACAAAAACCUGAUGGUUUCGCUGAUGCAGAAACCUCAACUGAAACGCAGCAGAACACGGUGCUACCCGAUUGCAUUGACCAUCGUGAAGCUCCCACCUGGGACACCAGCAGGAAGACUGGAACUCCCCUUCUUUUACGAAAACUACAGCGUGAAGAUGGCAGAUUUCUACGUCUGUGAGAGAGAACUGAUUGAGCUGCACAGUGUGGAGUCUGGAGAGUAUGUGAUCAUCCCCUACACCAGCAAAGCCUACAUGGAUGCAGAGUUUGUUCUCACGAUGUACACCAAAGAUGAGGUUAAGAUCAGUGUCCAUCAGAAGCAUCUCGAACAGAAUGACUCCGUUCCACCCAAGAUUUCUGACUCCACUGAUGUGGAUCUCAGCGCCUUGUUCAGUCGCUAUGCGGAUGAGAAUGAGCAGCUGGACAACGCUAAGCUCCAGAAGCUCCUCAAUGAAAACUUCCCUCAUGGGAGCACAGAUGGCUUCAGUUCGGAUGUUUGCAGGAGCCUGAGUGCUCUGGUGGACGAAGACUUCAAGCUGACAACAACUGUCUCUGAGUUCUCAGCCUUGUGGGAGAAGAUGUUUAAAUACAAGAAAAUUUUCGACAUCUAUGAUAUGAAUCUGAACGGAGCCCUGUCCAACUAUGAGCUCGAGAAGGCCGUCGAGUCUGCAGGAAUCGACGUGGACAGUGUCCUGGUGAAGCGUCUGUUGUCUCUGUAUUCAGACAACUCGGCAACCUCCUUAAGGAACUUCAUCGUUCUCAUGAUUCGCCUGGAAAACAAAUCAAGCGUUUUCAAGAAGAAAUCAGUUGAUGGAAAGAUCGAAAUGAACUGGGAAGAGUGGUCCAACAUCACCAUGUACAGCUAAAUCACUGCUCAACACAGAAGCGCAUGAAGCAAGCGAGAGUCCCGCAGUCCAGGAUUAUUUCUACAAUAAAUGCUUUCCUGCACCGAACAUGCAAAGCCUUAACCUGUUUCUAUGAUGAAAAACAUAUAACCUUCUGAACUAUAGUCUGCAGAACAAACGGGAGCUGAAGAAACCAUUAACCAGAAAUCAUUUUUAUUUUACUACAUCAUUACCAACUACAAGAAAUUGUGCAGCUAAAGUCUAGGAUUGCUUAUUCCUCUGUAUUUCUGUUGCUCAUGGCUAAUAAAAACACAUCAAUAAGA